CGAACAAAGAUAAUUACUCAGGAAGCAUUUCAGCCAAUCGGGCGCGACCUUGCAUCUCUCCUGCAAGCGAAGCGACCAGUCAGGAUGUGGUUAACAUCGCCGUGGCCUGAUCGCCUUGCAUGAGGAGCAGAGCCUUCCCCGGCUGAGGAUUGAGAGAGUGUCCUCCAUGUUUUAUAAGUGUUGACAUAACAGUGUGUCAGGCAGCCAUGCAUCCACAGAGUCUGGCUGAGGAGGAGGUAAAGACAGAAUCUGAUGUGGUAGAGGGGAUGGAUGCGUCCGUGCGAUCCAAAGUCCCUGAUCCACCAGGAUCAGCAGAACGGGCAGUAGUACCACAGAAGAGAAAGGCGCAGAGUCCCACCCAUUCCUCCAAUGGACAUUCCCCGUCAGACAGCUCCCCCAGCCCUCUCAAGAAAAAGAAGAAGCCUGGAGCCAUCAAUUGUAACAACAAAGACCAGGACGGCAGGAAUGACUUCUACUGCUGGCUGUGCCACCGCGAGGGCCAGGUGCUCUGCUGUGAGCUCUGCCCCAUGUACCACGCCAAGUGCCCUCAACUACAGCCGAGCCCGGAGGGCGACUGGUUCUGUCCAGAGUGUGAGAAAAUAACUGUUGCUGAAUGCAUUGAAACUCAGAGCAAAGCGAUGACGAUGUUGACAAUAGACCAGUUGUCCUAUUUGCUCAAAUUCGCACUACAAAAGAUUAAACAGCCUGGGACGGAGCCUUUUCAGAAGCCUGUGUCUUUAGAACAGCACCCAGAUUAUGCAGAGUACAUCUUCCACCCUAUGGACCUGUGUACUUUGGAGAAGAAUAUCAAAAAGAAAAUGUACGGCUGCACCGAAGCCUUUCUUGCUGAUAUGAAAUGGAUCUUGCACAAUUGCAUCAUUUAUAAUGGAGGCAAUCAUAAAUUAACAGCAACUGCAAAGGUCAUUGUCAAAAUUUGUGAACACGAGAUGAAUGAGAUUGAGGUGUGUCCAGAGUGUUACCUGUCUUCUUGCCAAAAAAGGGACAACUGGUUUUGUGAGCCAUGUAGUCAACCCCACCCUCUUGUUUGGGCUAAGCUAAAGGGCUUUCCAUUCUGGCCAGCAAAAGCACUUCGAGAAAAGGAUGGGCAGGUAGACGCUCGCUUCUUUGGACAACAUGACAGGGCCUGGGUCCCUAUUAACAACUGCUACCUCAUGUCUAAAGAGAUUCCAUUCUCUGUGAAGAAGACAAAGAGCAUUUUCAACAGUGCCAUGCAAGAGAUGGAGGUCUAUGUGGAAAACAUUCGCAAGAAAUUUGGGGUCUUUAACUAUGCACCCUUUCGUACACCCUACACACCCAAAAACCACCUCCAGAUGCUAGUUGACCCUUCCAACCCCAGUGCUGGGACAGUGAAAACAGAGAAACCUGACAAACUUCGUUUCAACUUUGACAUAUCUGCAUCUCCCAAGAUGGUGGUUGGUAAGAGUUCGGUGAGUCGGAGGGUUGCAAUGACCGAUGUGCCUCGAUCGCCCAUGAGCACCACUUCCUCAGUUCACACAGGGUCUGAUGGAGAGCAGGACAAUGUAGAAAAGGCCAACAAGAAUCCCACCUUUCACUACAGUACUGGAGAGGAAUCAAUGGACUGUAAUGUAUCUCCCACCUCUGGGAAGGUUGGUCCUGCAGGCAGCAUGACAGGCAGCCCAAAGCCUUUUAACCCUGGAGUAGUACCUAAGCAGGAGAGAACCGGAGGCACUGGCAGCAUUCUUAAUCUCAACCUGGAUCGAGUGAAGGCUGAGAUGGAUCUCAAGGAGCUCAGUGAGACUGUGCAGCAACAACAGCAGCAGAACCAGCAACAACAAGGAGCCCAAGCUACCCUCCCGACUCCAAAAAGACCACUUAGGAGUUUGGACAAGACUAUUGAAAGCUGCAAGGCACAGCUUGGUAUAGAUGAGAUUUCUGAAGAUGUGUAUAAAGGUGUGGAUCGAAGUGACUCAGAGGAUUCCGACAAAUCUGAGACAAGUGACAGUGAGUAUCUCAGCGAUGAGGAGCAGAGGCCAAGAAGCUCCACCCAGAAUGACAAAGCAAACAGAAAGAGACCGAGAGCAACAAUAGAAGGGGAGACCAAGGAGGGUCUUAAAGGAACAGGAGAUAAAGCCACAUCUGAACCUUUGCCAAAAGACAAGCAGAGUAAUAAUGUCUCGGAGAGAGACCUCCAGGACAAGCCCCAGUCCCAUCCCCUUACUGACAAGCCAAGAUCUCAGAGCAGGGGCAAACAGCUGCAGCCUCAACAGUAGCUGAACAAGACUCUGAUUCUGAAAAGAGAGCUGGUGAUCGACCUGGGGGAUGAACAUGGAAGCUGCGACUCCAAAAGAGCCAGAAGAGAGCCAGGAGCCUCGUCUCCACACCAAUCCGGGAAGUUUCAUCCAGUGUGAAAGAUCCCUUGCAACCUGCUGCCAUAACAGCCCCAGCCAUGUUCCACUACAGCUUCUGACCAACUCAGUGCCACCCCACCUACCAGCAGCCCAAACAGUGCUCCCUCUCCCGCCUCCACCACAGUCACCACACCAGCCCCUGCCUCAGCCCCUGUCAAGAAACAGCGUCCCCUGCUGCCUAAAGAAACGACUCAAGCUGUGCAGCGUGCAGUGGUUUGGAAUCCUACCAAAUUCCAGACGUCUCUCAGAAGUGGGCAUAUGCAGAAAGUGCAGAGGCAGCAGCAAAAUGGAGAGCAGCCAGCACAGUCGCAGUCACAGAAUUCCUCUUCCAGUACCCGGUAUCAGACCAGACAAUCAGUCAAGGUGCAGCAAAAAGACUCAGCUUCAAAUAAUUCCUCAUCAGCAGCUACGCAGGCAGCGUCCAGCGGCUUGUCUUUGAUGACAGGGGAUUUACAAAUUCCUACCGUCUCAGCUGAUGUUGCUGCAGAUAUAGCCAAGUACACAAACAAAAUUAUGGACACAAUAAAAGGGACAAUGACUGAAAUCUACAAUGACCUUUCCAAAAACACAUCAGGAAACACAAUUGCAGAGAUUCGACGGCUAAGAAUAGAGAUUGAGAAACUCCAGUGGUUGCAUCAGCAAGAGUUGUCUGAGAUGAAACACAACCUGGAACUGACUAUGGCUGAGAUGAGGCAGAGCCUGGAGCAGGAAAAAGAACGGCUGGUGGCAGAAGUGAAAAAGCAGCUGGAGUUUGAAAAGCAGCAGGCAGUAGACGAGACCAAAAAGAAACAGUGGUGCGCUAACUGUAGGAAAGAGGCUAUUUUCUACUGCUGCUGGAAUACCAGUUAUUGCGAUUAUCCCUGUCAACAAGCCCACUGGCCGGAACACAUGAAGUCCUGCACGCAAUCAGCCACAGCUUCUCAGCAGGAACCAGAGGCAGAACCAAAUUCAGACCCUUCGGCCAAACCAUCAGGCCACUCUCCAGCCGCACAGACUCUACCAUCAGGUGCAGGAUCCAUAACAGAAAAAAGCAGCUCGCCAACAUGCACGGACAAGAGCAAGGAAAGUGCUGGCGUUACUGUGACCUAAUCACUACACUGCAGAUGGUCUGUCACAAGUCAAAUUUUGUGGCGUUGUAGCUCGAAGAUGCACGACUCUGUAACCAAUCACUUUGGGUUUCCACCAGUCUGUAUUCAGCUAGGUUUGCCACAUGAACAUAGUUGGUCUUAAUGUGAACCUGUAUGUCAUGCUGUAGCAUUAUGUUGUAGCUCUGUCUGAAAUCAAACCAAAAUGGUCAAAAUAUGAAAUAUUGGUAUAUUAACACCCACACUAACUGCCACCCAAUAUAUUUCAAGGCUUUGGCAUUUUAUUCCCUAUGUAAAAAAAAUUUUUGUAUUGACUGUUGUCGCUUCACAUGAACAUGUUUGUUUGUCUCCCCCCCUCUCCCUCCGUCAUACCAUCAGAGUAAUUGGGAGUGAUGCAAGUUACAUGAUUGUCUUGAAUUAUUUAUCUUCAUAUCAAGCAUCAUUUUAUGAAAGCAGUUUUCAUCCGUCUGAUUUCAACCUGUCCAUUUCAUGUCAACAGUGGCUUUUUUGUUUCAUACCACUUUUGUAUUGUAGUUUGACAUUGUAUAGCCAUAUAAAAAUAUUUGAUUUAUUAUAAAACAAACAAAAAGAUAAGACUGUACAGUUUUUUAAGAAGAUACCUGGACAAUAUUUAUAGUGUUAUGUUUUUAUAGUAGGCUUAAUUAAAUAUUUCUAUGUGUCCAAAAAUUGCUAUUUGAAAAUGAAACACUUCAUGUGAAUGUCCGUGCUAAACCGAAGUGUUUUCAUCACUUCUUGGGGAAAAAAACUGAUGUAAAUCCUAUUUAGGCUGUGUCUAAAGAUCGGUUAACAUAACUAGUAAAUGCAGAUGGAUGGAUAUAAUUUCCUGUGAGCAUGUCUGCUUUAAAUUUGUCCUGUUUCUUGUUUACAUAUUCUACAUACUGUAAAUGGGUUGAAAAAGAAAUAAAAAUGAUCAUUUCUGUGCUUA